AUGGAGGUGCUCCGCUGGAAUUCAGAUCGUCUGCCUUCUCCUUUCGCGAGCUGCGUCCACGAGCUCGUGGGACGACAGGUUCUCCUCCGUCCAGAGGCAGAGGCGGUCUCCGGCUGGGAUACCAGCUUUACGUAUCACCAGCUGGACGAGCUGUCAGAUUCCCUCGCCAGCCAUCUGAUUUCUCUGGGAGUCGGCCUGGAGGAUCCGGUGGCGUUUUGCUUUGAAAAAUCCGCGUGGACUGUCGUCAGCAUGCUGGCCAUUCUGAAAGCAGGCGGAGUCUGUCUGGCCCUGGAUCCCUCCCACCCCCCUCGUCGCCUACAAAUAACCGUACAAACUGCGCGUGCCACGCUCGUGCUGGCCAGCGAGGGUCGCGCGCUGCGUGUGGCUCAGGAAGCCAUUCACCACCUUCCCAUUCUGGCUGUCGGAGCAUCCUUCGUGAACCGGCUUUCCUCCAAGCAGCCCGAGACUGCGGCGCACAUCCAGCCAUUCAAUGCUGCAUUCCUCAUCUACACCUCCGGCAGCACUGGGACGCCCAAAGGAGUUGUCCUCGAGCAUUCCGCCGUCUGCACCAGCACCAUUGCGCAAGGCAAGGUCCUCCAGACGGGCCCGAAUUCGCGCGUGUUCCAGUUCGCAGCCCAUGUGUUUGAUAUUAGCAUCCACGAUAUCUUCACCACCCUCAUCCACGGUGGUUGCGUCUGUGUGCCCUCCGAAGAGCAGCGGACUGGUGAUCUCGCCGCAGCGAUGGCCUCCAUGAGAGUGACUGCUGCCUGCUUGACCACGACCGUUGCCUCGCUUCUCCCCGCGGAUAUCCCUACCCUCUCAACCCUCAUUCUUGCCGGAGAAGCCGUUACCCGUCGUGCCAUUGACCUGUUUGCGGGAUCGGCAGUCAAGAUCCAUAACUGUUACGGUCCCGCCGAGAGCACCAUCUUCUGCUCGUGGAACGGAGACGUUGGACGAGGCCAGAAGCCAGCGAAUAUCGGCCAGGGCCUGGCCAGUCGCCUGUGGGUGGUCGACAUUGCAAAUCACGACCGUCUUGCCCCGAUCGGAUGUGUUGGAGAGUUGCUUGUGGAAGGACCGCUCCUUGCACGGGGGUAUCUCAAUGACCCCGUCAAGACGCAGCAAUCAUUUCUCAAUGCGCCAGCCUGGACCAAGGGCCAGCCGUACACUGGCUCGCGCCGCAUGUAUGCUACAGGCGAUCUGGUCCGGCACGAGGCGGACGGGUCGCUCGAGUAUAUCGGGCGCAAAGACACGCAGAUCAAGAUCCACGGCCAGCGUCUCGAGCUGAGUGAGAUCGAUCACCACCUCGACAGUGCCAUCGUGGUGUGGCCCACAUCGGGUCCUCUGAGGGAGAAACUCGUCGCCGUCAUGGAGGUGCCUUUGGCGAGCACCAGCAUGGCUGGGCUAUUCCCCUUACUCAGCUCGCAGGACCGUCAACUGGCGGAGGGCCGACUCGAUGCUUUACUCAACCGUGUGACAGAGGAGCUGCCCCGAUACAUGGUGCCGACCGUUUGGCUUGCAGUGCCGAAUAUUCCCAAGAACACCUCGGGAAAGAUCGAUCGUGCGCAUGUCCGCCGGACAGUAGAGAAGCUGGAAGAGGAAUAUAUUUCCCAGAUGGCACUCGGCCAGGCAGAGUCCCAUGAGGAGAAAACGCUGGGAGGAGAGGCUUGCACACCUGUCGAGAGACUGCUCGCCUCGACCUUCGCCCGUGUCCUCAACCUUCCAGAAGACAGCGUCCCCAGAGGCCGCUCGUUGGUCAGCCUCGGUGGCGAUUCCAUUACCGCCAUGCAGGUGGCUGCCCGUCUCCGACGUGAAGGCCUCAUGGUGCGUGUUGAAGACCUUCUCCGCAGACGCACCAUCUCCAGCCUGGCCCUGCUGGCCCAGCCUCGCCAUGAGGUCUCGUCAGUGAGCGCAACCGAGACUGUCGGCGAGCAAUUUGCCAUGUCGCCGGUCCAGCAGUUGUAUUUCGAGAUGACCGAGGGACAGCUCAUGAAGAUGCACCAGAGUUUCUUGCUACGCCCGUCACGCCCCUUGGAAGCCAGUCAAGUCUCACAAGCAUUGGAUGCGAUCGUCCGACAUCAUUCCAUGCUCCGUGCCCGUUUCGAACACCAGGGCGGCCACUGGAAACAGACCAUCACCCUCGAGACCGAGGGAUCCUACCACGUUGUGGCCGCAAAGGCAUCGAGCCGGGCCGAUGCUGCUCCCAUCAUCGACGCCACUCAUCAGGCUCUCGACCCCCAGACAGGUCCUCUAAUCGCCGCAGCUCUGAUCAAUCUUCCAUCCAGCCAGCUGCUGUUUCUUGCUGCACACCAUCUGGUCAUUGAUCUUGUGUCAUGGCGAGUUAUCCUCCACGACCUGGAGGAGCUAAUGCUGUCUGGUUCUUUGCAGGCUGACUGCCCCUUCUCGUUCCAAGCGUGGCUGCGUCUACAGGAGGAAUAUGCGCAGCAGCACCUUGAGCCGGAAGAGACAACUACUGUUGCGCCUGUCGACCUUUCUGAGUACUGGGGCUUGACGAGCAACGUUUAUGGAGAUCUCAUCCAGAGGUCCUUUGUUUUGGAUGCACAGACAACACAGCAGCUGUUGGGUGACGCCAACCGAACCUUGAACAGCGAGCCCAUGGAGCUGUUCCUCGCAGCCGCAAUCUUCAGCUUCACCCAGGCGUUCGUCGACAAGGCGGCUCCGACUGCCUUCAGCGAAGGGCACGGUCGUGAGUCCUGGGACGAGGCUGCCAUAGACCUGUCCAACACGGUGGGAUGGUUCACAACUCUCGCCCCCGUCCAUGUUGCCUCGGACGAGAUACCCAACCUAGUCGAGGCAGUGCGCCGGGUCAAGGAUCGCAGACGCAGCCUGGGAGCAAACGGGUGGAAGUACUUUACAUCUCGCUACCUCAACCAGAACGGGCGCGCGGCGUACCAAGACCACUGGCCCAUGGAGCUUGUCUUCAACUACCUGGGACAAUAUCAACAACUGGAGCGCGAUGAUGCGCUUCUUCGCCAGGAGCAUCUGACUGCGGCAGAGUACGCUUCCAACCUGGCGGACAAUCUGACCCGGUGGGCCGUGCUCGAGGUCUCCGUCGUCAUCGACCAGGGCCGCCUGCGUGUCGACAUGAUGUACAACCGCCAUGGCAAGCGACAGGAGCAGUUCGAGGCUUGGAUUCGUGGGUAUCAGCACUGCCUAGAGACCGCCGCCCGAGAACUACCUCGGCGAGCCCGAGAACCUACCCUGAGCGACUUCCCCCUCCUCCAGAUCUCGUACUCGGGCAUCGAUCGCCUACUUCGCUCCCGCCUGCCAGCGCUGGGACUGUCUGGAAUGGAAGAUAUUGAGGCCGUCUAUCCGUGCUCGUCAAUGCAAGAGGGCUUACUGGUCAGCCAGAGCAAGAAUCCAGACACAUAUAAGAUCCGGUUCGACUUUGCCGUCGUGCCCCAGGCUGGCUCUGGUAUGCAUGCAGAACGUCUUCUCGAGGCCUGGCAGUCGGUGAUUGAUCGCCAUCCUGCUCUCCGAACUUUAUUCGUAGACUCUGUGGCCGAGCAGGGCGUCUAUGAUCAGAUCGUCCUGCGCCAUUUGGUUGCGCCCACUACACUGAAUGGCAUUCGCAGCCACUCUAGUAAGGGCGCAGUCCGUGCAAUGCACCAUCUGACGGUCACACAGGCCCCGAACGGGCAUCUGCAAUGCAGCCUGGACAUUUCCCAUGCGAUCAUCGAUGCUUCCUCCUUCCGUUUGAUUCUCCGCGAUCUGAUUCAAGCCUGCGAUGGGGCUGUACUAGCGCAGGGGCCGUCAUACGGUGAGUACAUUGCCUACCUGGGCAAGCAGUCCCAAGAGAAAGCCAUUCGCUUUUGGACAGAGUACUUGGAGGGCAUCGAGCCGUGCCACUUUCCACACUUGGGGUCGGCAACGAGCAAAGAGCUCGAGGCUGUUGCGGUUAGUCUGGAGGAUAUUCCAGGCGCCGCACUGCAGGACUUUUGCUCGCAGAACAACGCCACUCUGGCCAAUGUCUUCCAGGUUGUCUGGGCCCUUGUUCUCGGUCUGUACAGCGGCACUGACCACGUUGCCUUUGGGUAUUUGGUUUCUGGUCGCGAUAUCCCCGUCCAGAACGUCCAAGACAUUGUCGGCCCGCUCAUCAACAUGCUGGUAUGCCGUCUCGACCUCGACCGCGAGGCCCCGGUCGCCAGCUUGAUCAACAGCGCACAAGAGGCGUAUCUGCACGGCCUCAAGCACCAUUACUGCUCACUCGCGAGCAUCCAGCAUGCGCUCAACUUGUCUGGCCGCCCGCUGUUUAACACGGUCAUGUCCAUCCAGCGCGUGGACGAACAUGCCUUGGCGGGACAGUCCGUCUCGAUCCAGGACAUCGAUGGGUAUGAUCCAACUGAAUACGACGUUACGGUCAACGUCCAGGUGCCUGUUGACCGUAGCCAGCGACCCAGUGUGUCCCUGGGCUACUGGACUUCCAUCCUCUCUGCCCAACAAGCCGAGAGCGUCGCGCAUUCGUUUAGCCGCGUCCUCCAUCAGCUUGUCACAAAGGAGAGUCCUCUAGCCGGCGAGAUCGACGCCCUUGGCGAGCGCGAUCUCGUACAAAUUCAAGAGUGGAAUAAAGCAAUGCCACCCCCAGCCAUAGAGACCAUCCACGAGCUCAUUCAGCAGCAGGCCCUGGCUCAUCCUGAUCGCCCGGCCGUGGAGGGCUGCGACGGAAACCUGUCGUACAGCACGCUGGACGCCCUCGCCACCCGACUGGCAGCCAAGCUGAUCGAGCUCGGCGUGAAUGUCGAGUCCAAGGUGGCUCUGUGCUUUGAAAAGUCGGUGUAUGCAGUUGUGGCAAUGCUGGCCAUUCUGAAGGCCGGAGCUGCUUUUGCCUCGCUCGACUCCAGCCACCCGACAGAGCGCCUGAAGUCGAUUAUGGACGAUCUUGAAGCCCAGGUUGUUCUGGCUUCUCCGGACCUCGAACAGCUGGCCCGGAAGCUGGCACCUCAUGUCGUCGUUGUGAGCUCGUCGUCACCGCUCUUGCAAGAACCAUGUGUAGGAACAAUCCUGCCCACCGUCUCUGCAGCCAAUUUGGCGUAUGUCAUCUUCACCUCGGGCACCACGGGCAAGCCCAAAGGAACCAUGAACGAACACGGCGCGUACAUUACCAACCUGCGCACCUACACAGAGAGGCUGCAAAUGAACUUGUCCAGCCGAGUCCUGCAGUUUGCAUCGUACACGUUCGAUGCUUCCAUUCUGGAGAUUCUGACGACGCUGCUGGUCGGUGGGUGUGUCUGUGUCCCCAACGAGGAGACUCGACUUCACUCCAUCUCCCGCUUUAUCGAGGAGUACCAAGCAAAUUGGGCUCUGCUGACCCCCUCUUUUGCUCGCACAAUUGACCCCGCGAGUGUUCCCAGCUUGAAGACCUUGGUGCUGGGAGGAGAGGCCAUGACCGAUGCUCAUAUCGCUACGUGGUCCAAGAGCGUCGCCCUGAUCAACGCCUACGGUCCCAGCGAGACCGCCGUCAUUGCUGCAGUGAAUCCUACGGUCACCAGUGCUUCCAACAUUGGCAAGGCGUCUGGUGGUCUGGGCUGGAUCGUGCACCCCCAGAGUCACAGCCAGUUAGUUCCAAUUGGUGCCGUUGGCGAGCUCGUGAUUCAAGGUCCCUCUGUUGCCAGGGGAUACUUAAAAGAGCCCGAAAAGACCGCAACCUCGUUCGUGCUGGGGCCUGAAUGGUCCUCGUCGAGCGGUAGUCGUGUCUAUAAGACCGGCGAUCUGGUCCGGUAUACGCCCGAUGGGUCCUUCGCCUUCAUCGGCCGCAAGGACACCCAGGUCAAGCUGCAAGGUCAACGCAUGGAACUCGGUGAGGUCGAGCACCAUCUCUUGCAGGAUGACCGGGUUCUCCAUGCCGCUGUUCUUCUGCACAGCCCAGCAGAAAGUAAAGGGCGAUUGACGGCGAUCUUGACACUGCGAGGGCUCAGCAGCGGGAAGAGCGCCGCUCAUCAGCUCCAAGUUAUCCCCGAUGCCCACCGCAAGGAGGCGUCGACGGCAGUUGCUUCCAUAUCCCUCGCGGUCGCCGAGCGUGUCCCCCGGUACAUGGUGCCCAGCGACUGGAUGGUGAUCGAAGCGAUGCCAUUCAGCAAGUCCGGCAAGCUGGAUCGAAGCGCCCUCGCUCGCUGGCUCAAGUCCCUGGACGAGACGGAAUACCGAGCCGCUCUGCUCACAGAGGAAGUGGGCGCCGACGCCGAGCCAGCGACUGAGAUGGAUCAAGUGCUGCGGCGCCUGUGUGCCCGUGUUCUGAAUUGCGCGGAGCAAGAGGUGCUCCUCAAUCGCUCGUUUGUGGCGCUGGGAGGAGACUCGAUUGCCGCCAUGCAGCUCUCCGCCACCUGUCGGGCUGAUAACAUUCACCUUCGCGUCCAGGAUAUCUUGCAAGGCAUGUCUCUGUCUCAGGUCGCACAAGCUAUGCGCCAUGAAGACACUGUCGCUACUGUGGCGAAGCAGGAUAGCCUGAAUCAGACGUUUGACCUGUCUCCGAUCCAAGGGUUCUUCUUCGAACUCACAGCAGGCAAGCCCUCUCGCUUCAACCAGAGUUUCCUGCUACAAUUGACGCGCCGGAUCGAUUCUGCUGCUCUCCAGAAUGCAAUCAAGGUGCUCGCCCAAGAGCACUCAAUGCUGCGCGCUCGCUUCAAGAAGACUACCAGUGGGGGCUGGACCCAAUACAUUACGGAGGACCUCGACAAGUCUUGCUCAGUCCAGGUUCAUCAUGUCCCUUCGCUCGCCGAAGUCCAAGCUACGGUAGUGGAGGCAACCAAGCAGCUCGACAUUGAGCAAGGUCCCCUGUUCGCAGCACUGCUCUUCCAGACCGCCGAAGGGGACCAGUUCCUGUACCUGGUUGCCCACCAUCUGGUCAUCGACCUCGUUUCCUGGAGAGUCAUCCUGACUGCACUGGAGCAGAUUCUCCCCGAUGGCAGUGAGGCGAGCAUCGCCCGACAGUCGACACCCUUUCAGGCGUGGGCGCGCGCCCAGGCUGAAUACGUUCAGCACCAGGACUGGGAUGAAGCCAGUGUGUUGCCAUACACGAUCCCGGCCGCGAAUCCAUCCUACUGGGGAAUGACCUCUCAAGACAACACGUACGGCAACACUGUCAGAGAAACGUUCACCCUGGAUGUACCAACCUCCGCAAUGCUGCUGGAAACUGCCAACAGCCCGUUCCGCACCGAGCCAUCCGACAUUUUCAUCACCGCCCUGCUCGACUCGUUCGAACACGUCUUUACUGAUCGCGAGACCCCAGCGGUCUUCGGUGAAGCCCAUGGCCGCGAGCCGUGGAGCGACGGGCUGGACGUUUCAAGCACGGUUGGGUGGUUCACGACCAUCAGCCCCGUGUCUCUGGCUGGCACGGAGUCGCCCACCGAGGGAUUCAAGCAGAAGCUGAGAACGAUCAAGGACCGCCGGCGACAGCUUCCUAAGCAGGGCUGGCAGUACUUCAACUGGUGCUACCUGACUGCCAAGGGUCGCGAGUCCCGCGCAGCUGCUGCCCUGCCGAUGGAGCUGGUCUUCAACUACAUGGGCCGGUUCCAGCAGCUGGAGAGGCCGGACGCGCUCUUCAGGCACUGCUCGCGGGGCUUUGACGAAGAAAUGGCCGACGUCGACCCGUCUUUGUCCCGCACGGCUCUAUUUGAUGUCUCUGCGGUGGUGGACGGUGGCUGUCUCCGUUUCCACUUUGUCUACAGCCGCCGCGUGCAGCAUCCAGAGCGCAUCCAACGCUGGCUCAAGGCAUUCGAGUCCACCCUCUGUGACUGCGCCUCCGCCCUUUCCGAGAUGGAGCAAGCGCCUACCUUGUCGGACUACCCUCUCGUGCAGACCAGUUACGGAUGGCUGGAUGCUGCGGUGGAUCGUCUCGGCGGAUUUGCUGCGAUUGAAGGGCUGUAUCCCUGCGCCCCGAUCCAGCAGGGCAUCCUGCUCAGCCAGGAGACCGACCCUUCCUCCUACCAGGUGCAGUUCAUCUUUGAAGCCAAGCCGCCGGCGGGCCAGUUUUUUUCGCCCGCCUCGCUCGUUUCUGCAUGGGAGGAGGUCGUUAACCGGCAUCCUAUGCUGCGGACGGUGUUUGUCGACAAGGCCGGUUCAUUCGUCCAGGCGGUGCUUAAGACUGCAGAGGCCAACACUGACUUCCUCGCUAUCAAAGGGCCUGCCCAGCUGGAAGAUGCAGUCAAGAGCUCCCAGCUUGCCCGUGACCCCCUGCGCCCUCCGCACCAGUUCACAGUCAUCGUGACCAUGACCAACCAGGUCUUCUGGAAGCUCACCGUCAGCCACGCAAUCAUGGAUGCUGCGUCGAUACGGCUGGUGCUACGCGAUCUGGCCGGCGCAGUUGAUGGACGUCCUCUCCCCCACAGUCAGCGGCACUACGGUCACUACAUUGAAUACCUUCACGCAAACCCAGCGACCAACGCACUAUCGUACUGGACAAACUAUCUCAGCGAGGUAGAGCCUUGCUGUCUGCGCGCAACCUUUGGCACUCCUCGCGAUCAGCGGCGUCUCGGCCACGUCAAGGUGGCGAUCCCCUCUGAGCUCACGCAGCGACUGGCGCGGUUCAGCAAGGCGCACGCAGUGACCGCGGCCAACAUCUUCCAGACCGCAUGGGCCGUUUUGCUGAAGCACUUUGGCGGCAGCGAUGAUGUGUGCUACGGAUAUCUUGUCUCAGGUCGUGAUAUCCCCCUGCAGGGAGUCGACGAGAUUGUUGGGCCCCUUAUCAACCUGCUCAUCCACCGAUCCCAGAUCCCCGACUCGGCCAACAUUGUGGAUGCGGCUCAGCGCACCCAGCAGGAUUACCUGUCAUCGCUCGCCCAUCAGCACUGCUCCCUCGGGGAGAUCCAACACGCCCUGAGCCUCCGAGGCCGCCCGCUGUUCAACACGCUGCUCUCCACCAAGCCCGUCAACGAUGCGCCCUCGUCUAUUCAAGAGACGCACUUUUCGAGUGUGAGCAGCUACGACCCCUCCGACUACGACAUGGCCGUCAACAUCCAGAUCGCGGGCCAGGAGCUCAUCGGAGUGGAUCUGGACUACUGGACCAACGUCUUCAGCGACUGGCAGGCCCGCCAGAUGUCCGGCGCCCUGCUCUCGAUCUUGCACCAUCUCGCAGGGUCCAGCGCCACCACCACAUUUGGAGACCUUAGUCUGAUCAGCCCCGAGGAACUCGCACAGGUCGAACAAUGGAACGAAACGGUGCCGCCGCCUGUCGAGCGCUGCAUCCACGACCUCGUCUUGGAGCGUACCCAAGCGACGCCGACCAAGGAGGCAGUCUACUCGUUCAGCGGGGUGCGGUGGACGUAUGCCGAGCUCGAGGACCUGUCCACUCGUCUCGCUGGCGAGCUACAGUUGCUUGGCCUGUCGCGUGGAACAGUCGUGCCUCUGUGCUUCGAGAAGUCCGAGCUGAUGAUCCUGUCAAUGCUCGCCGUGCUCAAGGCGGGCUAUGCAUUCACUCCCCUUGACGCCAAGUACCCCAUCGACCGGCUGCAGGCGAUUGUCGAGGACAUCGAGGCCACCAUCAUCCUCUCCUCCGUCAGCCGCCGUCCCCUGUGCCAGGCGAUCGUGGGGAACGUGGUCCCCGUCAGUACUGACCGCGUCAAGAAGAUGCCCCUGCGCCAGCUCACCUGCCCCGUGAGCCCUCGCGAUCUCGCAUACGUGAUAUUCACGUCUGGCACCACCGGCCGAGCCAAGGGGACCCUGAUCGAGCACGGCUCCUAUGCCACGAGCGCAACCUACCACGGAAAGGGGCUGGGCUUCGAGCCAGACAGCCGCGUGCUGCAGUUCGCCACGUACACCUUUGACGCGAGCGUGAUGGAGAUCCUCACCACGCUGAUUACCGGCGGCACCGUGUGUGUCCCCGAGCAGCAGACCGAGGGUAUUGCCGCAUUCAUCGCCGCCUGCCGCGCAAAUUGGAUGUUCCUGACCCCCUCUGUGGCUUCGACGCUUACUCCGAGUGAGAUUCCGACCAUCCAGACGCUGGUGCUGGGCGGCGAGCAGAUCCCCCAGUGGCAUAUCGAGACCUGGGCCAAGAGGCUCCGCCUGAUCCUUGCAUAUGGGCCGACCGAGACCUCUGCGAUAGCAACUGCUCACCGUGCCACAGAGGCCUCGUCCUCGUCCUGCAUCGGCCUUCCUGUCGGGCCGCUCGUCUGGGUUGUGAACCCGCAGGACCACCACAAGCUUGCCAUCGUCGGAGGAGUCGGCGAGCUGGUCAUUGAAGGCGUCACCCUCGCGAGAGGCUACCUCAAGAACCCCGACAAGACCGAGGCUGCGUUUAUCGUCGAUCCGGCCUGGUCCACCACUCAAUCCGGCUCCUUCGCUCGCCCACGGCGCAUGUACAAGACUGGCGACCUGGUACGCUAUCAGCCCGAUGGGUCCAUGGAAUUCCUCGGCCGCAAAGACACGCAGGUCAAGCUGCAUGGACAGCGGCUCGAGCUUGCCGAAAUCGAGCAUCACUUGUCCGCCAGCGAGCCCGUGCAGAACGCCAUGGCAUUCCUCCCGGACAACGGGCCCUGCAAAGGCGGGUUGACCGCAGUGCUCUCGCUCAACGCAGACCGGGGCCAGCCCGCGUCCGGUGGACUGAAUCUCGUCCGGCACGCGAGCAAGGACGGUGCGUCGGCGCUGUUCGCGGCCACCGAAGCCUACCUCGCCGCCAAGGUGCCACCUUACAUGGUUCCCUCGUUCUGGCUCGUGGUCGACAGGCUGCCGCUCAGCAACUCGGGCAAGCUGGAUCGUGCGCAGAUCACACGCUGGGUGCACCACCUGGACGAGCACGAGUACCGCCAGUGGAUUGGCGGCGCUGUCGAGGCCGUUGCCCUCCCGCAGACUGCAGUGGAGAGGGUCAUCCAGGCUGCCGUGGCCGAUGUUCUCAACCUGUCGCUGGGCGACGUUUCCAUGAACAGGUCGUUUCCCAGCCUUGGAGGUGACUCAAUCACUAGCAUGCAGCUGGCCUCGCGCUGCAGAGCCAACGGAGUCGUUCUCCGCGUGCGCGACAUUAUGAAGAGCAACAGCCUGACCGAACUAUCACCGAAGACUGCAGAGACCGUCGAAGAAGCGCCCAAACAGGAGCAGCAAGCACACGAGGCAUUCGCUCUGUCGCCCAUUCAGAGCCUGUUCUUCAACGUGACCAACAACCAGCCUUCUCGCCUGAACCAGAGCGUCUUCCUGCGCUUGAGCAGGACCAUUCGACAUGAGGAGCUGACCAUGGCCCUGAAUGCAAUCCUGCGCAAUCACGCGAUGCUCCGGGCUCGAUUCUCUCAAGGAGCCGACGGCGUGUGGCAGCAAUAUAUAAGUGCCGCAAACGACGGAUCGAUUGCGUUUCAGCAUUACGACCGGGUUACCUCUGACCAGAUGGUCGCCGCAGUCAACAAAAGCCAGCUGAGCCUGGACAUCACAAAAGGUCCAGUUUUCAGAUGCGACCUCUUCACCACCACCAGCGGAGAGCAGCUCCUGUUCCUCGUGGCCCACCACCUGGUUAUUGACUUGGUGUCGUGGCGAAUCGUGCUCCAGGAGCUGGAAGAGCUGCUGCAGUCUCCCACUUCGUCUACCAGUCUUGUGAACUCGGCAAGCUUCCAGGACUGGCUACGAUUGCAAGCAGAAUAUAUCUCCGCAAACGCCACCUCCCUCCUACCAAAGUGUCUUGCCUUCGACGUGCCUGCUCAUCCAGACCCGUUCGCAUACUGGAACAUGGCGAACCAGCCCAAUGUGUAUGCAGACCACGACUCGGAAUCCUUCCAGCUGCCCGCUGGCGUCACCUCGCUCCUCUUGUCGGAUCAAGUCCACCGAGUUUUCCGUACCCAGGUGACGGACCUCCUUCUGGGCUCUUUGCUCUGGUCCUUUACGCAGACCUUCACCGACCGAAAGCCCCCCCGUCGUCUUCACGGAGGGCCAUGGCCGCGAGCCCUGGAACGAUGA